GAGCGGGCCAGCUUCUUGGUGUGCGCCUAAGAGAAUGGAUCGCAGGUCCCGGGCUCACUGGCGCCGAGCUCGCCACAAUUACAACGAUCUGUGCCCACCCAUUGGCCGCCGAGCAGCCACUGCGCUCCUCUGGCUCUCCUGCUCCAUCGCGCUCCUCCGCGCCCUCGCCACCUCCAAUAACCGCGCCCAACAGCGCGCGGCUGCCCGCCGAAGCUUCCUUAACGCCCACCACCGCUCCGCCGCUCAGGUGAUCCCCGAGCCCCCCAAUUCCGACUCGGAUCAGGAGGAGGCAGAACAAGACCUGUCCCGCCCCGAGUGCCCUGACUACGAGGAAGAGUUCAACUACGAAUCUGAGACCGAGUCUGAAUCUGAUCUUGAGUCUGACAUCGACUUCGACACCGAGACGGAGACCGCCCCCACCACUGAGCCCGAGACAGAGCCCGAGGACGAGCGCGGACCCGCGGCGGCCAGGCAGAGCGCCUUCGCCCAGUCCCUCACCCAGCGCCUCCAAGCUCUGCGGGUGCGCAGCCCCGACGCCUCCCCGAAUCGCGCCCAGCCCCGCAGCCAGGAGCCCCGCAGCCCCAGAGAGGGGGAGGAGCCUCAGCCCGCGCCCCAGGACCGGGAUCCGAGGGACCCCGAAGAGUCUGAGAAGCCCAAGAAGGAGAAGCAGCAGCAGCGCGGCGGCUGCAAGCCCAGGAAGCCCACCCGCCGAGACCCAUCCCCGAAGUCCCCUUCCAAAAGGGGACCCAUCCCCAUCCGGCGUUUCUAA